AUGAGUAACCAAGUUGUAGAGAAGAAGAACAAUGUCGAAGCUGAGAAACCAAUUGCCCCUCCUUCCAACCUUGAAAGAACUACUUCUAUUGAUAAUGAACCCAAAACUUUACUUCAAGAAGAAUUAAACCUAGUCAGGGAAGAAGCUCUUAAAGUGAUCAACACUCACCCAAAAAUGGAGGCUCUGAAAAUAUUCUUGAAGGGGUUGAAGCCUGUUACAAUCUCAACGCAACCAUCAGAGAAUGAUGUUAAGUAUGAUGACGAAGAUGAAGAUGAAUACAACUACGAAUACGAUGAUGAAGACGAAUACGAACUCGAUGAUGAAGUCAAUGACUAUGAUGAAUGA